AUGUUCCAACAUAUCAUGGACAAGCUUGGUAAGCUUGACGUCAUAGACAGUCGUGUUCAGUCUGUAGAGCACGAACUAAAAGAGAUGAAAAAAUCACUCGAUUUUGUGCACGAAGAGGUCGAAGACCUAAAGAAAGAAAAUGCUAAAUUGAAGAAGUCGGAUGGAGAGACGCAAGAAAGGUUGGCGACCUUAGAAAAGCAGAAUGAUAUGAUGAAAAAUCGUCUCAUUGACCUUCAAACAAGGUCAAUGCGAGACAAUCUCAUAUUUUAUCUCUGAUUUUAUAAUGUCGAAGAAAAAGAAGAGGAAAAUACAACACAAUUAAUUCACAGUAUUCUCGAAAGUCAUCUUGAAAUACAAGACGCAAAGUUGAUUAAGCUAGAUCGAAGUCACAGAAUGGGAAAGAAACAGCGAGGAAAAACACGUGCCAUUGUGGCAAAGUUUAAUUAUUUCCCCGACAAAGUGCGGGUUUUAGCCAACGCCAAAAAGUUGAAAGAUACUGGAAUAGCAAUCUCGGAGGAGAUUGUCAACAUCAGAAAGAAGCUCAUGCCAGUAUUUAAGAAGGCAUGCAAGGGCAGAAG